AUGGCGGCUGCAGCAGUGGUCGAGUUUCAGAGAGCCCAGUCUCUCAUUAGCACGGACCGCGACGCCUCCAUCGACAUUCUACACUCGAUAGUGAGGCGAGACGUCCAGGAGAACGAUGAAGAAGCAGUCAGGGUCAAAGAGCAGAGCAUCCUGGAACUGGGAACGCUGCUGGCCAAGACGGGACAGGCUGCAGAACUCGGCGGUCUUCUGAAAUUUGUCCGACCGUUCCUGAUCUCCAUCAGCAAGGCCAAAGCUGCUCGGCUGGUGCGUUCACUGCUCGACUUGUUCCUCGAUAUGGAGGCGGCUACCGGCCAGGAGGUGGAGUUGUGUCUGGAAUGCAUCGAAUGGGCCAAGGCCGAGAAAAGGACCUUCUUGCGACAAGCUCUUGAGGCUCGCCUGAUCUCACUUUAUUUUGACACUAAGAGGUACCAGGAAGCCCUGGCGCUGGGCUCUCAGCUGCUGCUGGAACUGAAGAAGAUGGACGACAAGGCGCUGCUGGUGGAAGUGCAGCUGCUGGAAAGCAAGACGUACCACGCCCUAAGUAACCUGCCCAAGGCCCGAGCCGCACUCACAUCUGCGCGCACAACCGCCAACGCCAUCUACUGCCCACCCAAGCUACAGGCAGCGCUCGACAUGCAGUCAGGAAUCAUCCACGCGGCCGAGGAGAAGGACUGGAAGACUGCUUACUCUUACUUCUUCGAGGCCUUUGAGGGCUACGACUCCAUCGACAGCCCGCGAGCCAUCACCGCCCUCAAAUACAUGCUCCUCUGCAAGAUUGUCCUCAACUCGCCGGAGGAAGUACAAGCUCUGAUCAGCGGGAAGUUGGCACUGCGAUACACCGGUCGCCAGACAGACGCACUGAAAUGUGUCGCCCAAGCUAGCAAGAAUAGAUCGUUAGCAGACUUUGAAAAGGCCCUCACAGAGUACAGAGCGGAGCUAAGGGACGACCCCAUCAUCAACACUCACCUGGCCAAGCUGUACGACAACCUGCUGGAACAGAACCUAAUCCGGGUCAUCGAGCCCUUCUCCAGAGUGCAGAUAGAACACAUAUCAGGUCUCAUCAAACUCUCAAAGGGGGAUGUCGAGCGCAAACUAUCACAGAUGAUUCUGGAUAAAAAGUUUCACGGAAUCUUGGACCAGGGCGAAGGAGUACUGAUCAUCUUCGAGGAACCGCCUGUGGACAAAACAUACGAAGCCGCCUUGGAAACCAUUCAGAACAUGAGCAAAGUGGUCGACUCGCUUUACAACAAAGCCAAGAAACUGACAUAG